AGUUGAACUGCAAAAUUACGGGUCAAGAUCGCCCUUGCAACGGCUGCUAGCUUGACUCAUGAGACUGAGAGGCGUCCUAUAAAGUAUAGCUGAUGGAUCCAACUCAUCACCAUCAUUAACUCAAUACAUCAAAUCUCGUUACUCGCAUCAAUGGAUUCGCUUCCUAUGUCAUUCACUUCCAAUGCUCCUCCGGGUCCAUGGAAGUUACCUCUCCUCGGCAACAUUCACCAGCUAGCCUUCCAUCUCCCCCAUUGUCGUCUCGCGGACUUAGCGAAAACAUACGGACCUAUUAUGAGUGUUCAGCUCGGAGAGGUUCCAGCAGUAGUCAUUUCUUCGGUUGAAGCUGCGAAAGAAGUGCUGAAAACCCAAGAAAAGAAUUUCGUCGAAAGACCCUCUGUUCUCGCUGCGGAAAUUGUUCUUUAUAAUCGCGGGGAUAUGGUUUUUAGCCCGUACGGAGAAUACUCGAAGCAAAUGAAGAAGAUUUGCACCAUGGAGCUGCUUAAUACGAAGCGGGUGCAAUCAUUCAAAGCGAUCAGGGAAGAGGAGGUGUCGGAUUUGGUGAAGUUUCUUUAUUCUGAGGCAGGAUCGCCUGUCGAUCUCAGUAAACACUUGUUUUCCAUGACGAACUCUAUCGUUACGAGAACUUCUGUUGGAAAGAAAUGCAAGAAACAGGAAGCUUUCUUGAAAGUUGUGGAUGAGGUGAUUGAGGCGGCCGGCGGAUUCAGUGUCUCGGAUGUGUUUCCUUCUGUUAAGUUUCUGAGUUUGAUCAAUGGGAUGAGCUCUAAGCUCCACAGGAUUCACCGAGAAGCGGACGAGAUUCUUGAGGAAAUGAUACAAGAGCAUAAAGCCAACAAGGGAGCCUCCUCUGAGAAUGAUGUCAAUAAUCUUCUGCAAGUUCUUUUGGAUAUUCAGGAGCGUGGUGACCAUCAAUUUCACUUUACUACCGACAACAUCAAAGCAAUCAUUUUGGAUAUGUUCAUUGCUGCAAGCGACACAUCGUCGAAAACAGCAGAAUGGGCGAUUUCAGAAUUGGUGAGGAACCCGAGGGUGAUGAAAAUUGCGCAAGAAGAAGUGAGGCGGGUGUUUGCAGAAAAGGGGAACGUCGAUGAAUCUGGAAUUCAGGAUCUCCCAUAUCUCAAACUGAUCAUGAAAGAAACCCUGAGGCUGCACCCUCCAGUAGCAUUGAUACCAAGAGAAUGCAACCACAAGUCUCAAAUUCAUGGAUUCGACAUUUACCCGAAAACUAAAGUUAUGAUAAAUGCAUGGAACAUUGGAAGAGAUGCAAAUACAUGGGCAGAUCCUGAAAGGUUUUAUCCGGAGAGGUUUGCGGAGAGUUCAGUUGAUUACAAGGGUCAGAAUUUCGAGCUGAUUCCAUUCGGAGCGGGAAGGAGAAUGUGCCCCGGAAUAGCCAUGGGCAUUGCUAAUGUCGAGCUUCCGCUUGCACAGCUGCUAUACCAUUUUGAUUGGCAACUACCUGACGGAGCCCAUCCUGAAAGUCUUGACAUGUCUGAAUCAUUUGGAGCUGCUGUUAAGAGAAAAUUUCCUCUUAUUUUGGUUCCAACUCCCAUCAAAAUGCCUUCCCAUUAACUGCCUAUUCAGUAGUCGAUUCUAUUAAUCAUGUUAGAAUUAUUAGUAUUAAAUUAGUAAGAAAGUACUAUUCAAUUUUGCUCUUUGCUUAUAAAUGAGUGCCUUUGUGAAAGAAAAAAAGCUUUUAUUUCUGCUCCUCUCAAGUUAUUAGAGUAUCCAUUAUCAUAAUUUUAUAACUAAACUAUUUUUUUCUUUUA